GUAUGAAGCUGUCUUCUGCUCACAACUCGAGCACGCACCCACAGGCGUAGCAUCCUACUCAGCGGCAAAUGCGAACUUACCCCCCUGCGAGAGCGACCAAGGAGCGAGGAGCAGUCGAACGAUGGUGUGCUCUAAAUUGCUUCAAUGCGCCGAUCACUCGACUGCGACUUGCCUGAAGAGAGAUGAUGGUGGAUGCCGCGCUUGACUCUGCUAGUUUACAUGCAGAGGUGCAGCGGACUCUCGGUCGGAUUCGAUUGAGCGCAGCCGGUCAGGGUGGAACCUGCGAUUCCGCAAUCCGGGGUCUUGAGGAAGGAGUCCGAGUUGUUGUCGAUUUGACAACGGAUCGCAUCGCGCCUCCCAGCCCAAGACGAGGUCAACGCAAAGCAGAGCAUACGCGUGUCAACCGGGAUGACGACGCCUGAUCUCUCAAGCUCCGCCCACAAGAGCAUCCGACACGGCUCAGCCCUCCUCCCUCUCCCGGACAAGGCCCACCUCAGCGCCACGUACGUCGGUCUCCCGCUCCAUGCCUUGCCCACCCCAGCAUGCCUAAUAGAUCUGGCCGUCGUGCGCCGCAACUGUGCGCGUAUGGCUAGGAUCGCUGCGGCGUGGCAGGUGAAAUUGAGAGUCCAUGUCAAGACGCACAAGACUGCCGAAGGUGUUAGGGAGAUGCUCGGCAAAGAUGGCAGUGGGAGGGUGCUGAUUAGUACAUUGGCCGAGGGGUGGGGACUCGUCAGGGAUGGAUUGGUGAGGGAUGGGUUUGUCAAGGAUAUCCUGUACGGUCUCCCCAUCUCAGAGCACAAGCUCGACGAGAUUGCAGCGCUUCGAGCCGCGGUCCAAGCUGAGACAGCAUCUGUGGAAGGCUCCACGGUCCGGCUCUUCGUGGACAAUGUCGCCCAAAUCGACGCGCUCUGUCGGCACGAAUCGAGCUCUGAGCAGCCAUGGAGCGUCAUGGUCAAGGUCGACCAUGGAGCACGUCGAGCGGGCCUCCCACCCAGCUCCCCAGCCCUUCGUGCCCUCUUUGAGAAGAUCAGUAGCACUUCACGGCACGUAUCUCUCCAUGGCAUCUACGCCUACGGGGGGCAUAGCUACUCCUCUCGCUCAGCCAGCGAAGCAGAUGCGCAUCUAGCCGCUGAGCUACGUGCUGUCCUUCAGGCGCACCAGGUAGCUCGUGACGCGCUCUCCCCCUCCUCUCCCAGCAACAACAAGUUGAGCAAGCUCGUCUUGAGCGUUGGCACAACUCCAACUGCUCACGGGGCUUCACGCGCCUUGCAGAGUGAGGAGAUCAAGCAGCUACGUGCACAGAUCGACGAGCUAGGUGAGGGGACGGAGCUGGAGCUGCAUGCGGGCAACUAUCCAAUGCUCGAUCUGCAGCAGUUGGCAACCAAGGCUCAGCCGUCCCUUGAGGGCGAGGGGAACGAGGGCAAGAAGCCAGCAAGGAUGGACGAUGUAGCAAUCUCUGUUCUCUGCUCCGUCGUCGGGUCAUACCCCGGACGGGGGGCGGGCGACAAUUCCGCCGCUGUCACGUCGCCACCUACUUCCUCCUCGACAGCGCAGCGAGGCGACGAAGCCCUAAUCGAUGGUGGCGGUCUCGCCUUCAGCAAGGACACGGGUCCCUGGGGCGGCUACGGCCACGUCAUCUGGCCGCGCUCACUCCGCGGAUGGGAGCUGAGUAGGCCGAGUCAGGAACACGGGAUCAUGACUCUUCGCGGGGAGGAGGAGAGGAAGAGUCAAUGGGCCUUUGAAGGGCAAGAAGACCAGCAGCCGGGAGCUGUUAAAGUGGGGGAGAAGGUCCGGAUCGUGCCUCAGCAUGCCUGCAUGACCUUCGCUGCCCAUCCGUGGUUCUACGUCGUUGACUCGUCGCAGGGCGGCAGCGCUGAUGACGACGACUUUGGGCGACGCGUUGUGGAUGUUUGGGUCCCAUGGAAGGGAUGGUAGUCGCCACGGCUGAUGCUUGCAGUCUGUACGGCGAGCGCUCGGCCCGCCACGGCUCAGAUUGAAAACAUUUUGAUCGUAUUUGUUCAUCGAGGCAAAGAGGAGAAAGGAAAAAGAUCAAGACAUUAGGGAACUUCUAGAAGGGGGAUGUGAGGUAGGGGGCUAGGUAGGAAGAGAGCGUCAAAUACAAGCGAAG